UGGACAUCCUGCUGGUGAGGAGGAGAGAGAAGUGAAAGACACACUCCUUAGAGAGUUCAUUCCAGCGUUCCAGCCAGAAACAUGUCUCCUGCCUUCCUCCUCCGCCUCCUCUUCCUUGUCUUCGGGUUUCCAGGUGUCCUUGGUGCUGUGUCCACCCUGAAGGAUCUCACCAUCCUGGAGGGCCAUUCCGUCACUGUGCCUUGUCACUAUGAGCCCCAGUACGCUGACCACGUUAAGUACUGGUGCCGAGGAAACCUCAAAGACUUCUGCAAGAGCGUGGCCCGCACUGACUCCACGCCAGUUGACAGCCGGGUCGAGAUCCACGAUGACCCCACCCAGAUGGUCUUCAGUAUCACCAUGAAGGAACUCCGAGCGGAAGACUCAGCUUGGUACUGGUGCGGGGUGGAGAUUGGUGGGAUAUGGACUGCGGACGACACAGCAUCAGUCCACAUCUCAGUAGUCCAUGGGGUGUCAGUGGUGAACCAGAUGGUGACAGGAGAGGAGGGGGGCAGUGUCAGUGUGCAGUGUUUCUACAGUGACGGACACAGGACCAGCGUGAAGAAGUGGUGUCGCAGCGCGGACUGGAACACCUGUGUCACACUGGGGGUCAACGGCACCAUGAAGGAAGACUCUGUGGUGAUCAGCGAUGACCACAAUAGAGCGUUCACCGUGACCCUGCUGCACCUGGGAAAGAAGGACACUGGGUGGUAUCGCUGUGCUGCAGGUCACCAGCACGCCACGGUCCACAUCGAGGUGCUCCCUCGGUCCCUGACAGAGCUCACACCCACGACGCUCCAGACCACCUCACUGCAGGCUUUGGAUCUGGGCCACGUAACACGUCAGCUGGACACCGGAGCAGGGCAAGAUGACUGGGUAUCUCCCCUGCUCAUCUGUGGAAUCCUGAGCAUAUUGGUGCUUGUUGUCAUGGUUACCUGGAGGCUAUGGGGCCAGAAGCCUUGGGAAAUGAGGAGAAGAGUGCUAGAAAUAGAAACAGACAUCAUGAAGGACCCCGAAUAUAUGAAAGACAAGGACAAAUUCGGCACCGUCUUCUUCAACAGCUCAUCGCAGCGCUUGCAGAUGGAUUAAUUAGGAUUCUUGGGACCCCAGAUCACAAGCCAGCCGCCCAACUAGAUAAACACGGUAAAUAUUUGCUGUGAAAAACUAAUUUGAAAUGUAGAAAAUUCUGCACUUUAUAUAUGAAUAUGAUACAUAUGAAUACCAUCAGACUACAAUGAGGCUUCUGGAGAGAUCUGCAGCUAAAUUUAAUCAAAAAAAGCAAAAAUAAUUAAAUGUUACACUUGAUUUUUGGAAAGUCUAAUAAGUGUUAUGUAAUAUAAUUUGCCCUGUGGGUGUGUAUAAGAAACCCCCUCCACCCUCUCUCUGUGGAGUGCUGCGCCGAUGCCUAGUAACUUUAUCAACAUUACUGAGAUUACUGUCAUGUAGCCAAAGCUAAUUAUACUGCAGUAACUCUGGAUAUAUCUUCUUAACUGAUAGUGUGAAAUGGGAUUGUGAGUAGAAUUUUGUUAUUAUGAUCUUAGUUUUAUACAUAUCUAUAGAGUGCUUAAUUCUCACUGCAUGUGUAAUUUUGAUACGUGUAUUGUACUCAUUAUUCAUGAACAAAUGUGGGUAAAAUAGAAAAAUGUUACAAAUUUAAAGUCUUACCAAAACUGCCAAGAAUGCAGUUGUUUUUAUCACUUUAUCACACUGACAAAGUAAAUCCAAUUACCAACACACAAUAAAAAACAGAAUAAUAUACAAAACAGAAUAAAAGACAAAAA